AUGAUUGAGGGCUUGGUAUUGAGAUCAGUUUGCACUGCAUUCUUAGGGUCCCCGGAGUUUGACAUCCAUGUCAGACCUGAAGAGGUUGAUAUUGUUCAGUCAACGCUGGCUCCGUCGUUAGUACUCUAUGUGGGCCUCGAGACAGUGGCCUAUGGCAUCGCUGCGGCAACAAACAGAGUCGAGGUCAAGGACUGGCUCUGGCCCGUGGCUCUAGUCUUCACCACAUACCAGCGCUUGUUUUCACCUUCAACAGGACUGCCUUGUCGUACCGACCUACAGAAAUUGCUGCUCAGCCAAGUAACAACGUGGGGUGUGCUUCCUUUUGGCAGCAUCGCGCGUCAAUCUCUUCUCCGAGGUGGUGAGAAUCCCCGCUAUCAUGCCUCGAAAUGA